UCUUCUUACUCAUAGUCUCUCGUCCUCAAGUCUCUCAGCUACCUCUGCUGUUCACCGCCUUUCACUUCAAAAUCGAAAAUUUUGAGUUUUUUGCCUUAUGGGUAUUUGAGGUUUUCUCUUUCUCUCCUUCCUUUUUGUCCAUUUGUGUGCUUUCUUUCAUAUCCCAGUUGCAUUUUUCUCUUUCUUUCCCGGAAAGUGAAAGGGAAAACUUGACAAUAAAAUGGUGAAAUCGGCUUCGUCGCCGUCUUCCUCUCCGGUGACCAUUACGGUGUCGUCCGGAGGAAAAGUGGGAGGGAUCAGAAGCAUGGGGUUAACCAGUCCGGUACCGCGUGCUUCGGUCUCGAACAACCCCAAUUCGCCUCUCAGUAGCCGAGCAAACCGACGGCUUUCGAGCGGCGGAAUGUACAGUUCGAUGUCAAAGGACGAGACCACCACGGAGGAGGUGAACUCGGAGUAUGUGAGUUACACAGUGCAUAUGCCUCCCACCCCUGAUCACCAGCCCAUGUCAGCCUCUCAGACGAGUCUCACCGGAGAUGGAAAGAGUGCUGAAAAGCCCGAGAGGAGCUUCAUUUCGGGUACUAUUUUUACCGGCGGGUACAAUUCGGUGACCCGUGGGCAUGUGAUUGAGUGCUCGACGGACGGGGCUGAGCCGGUGGUGAAACCAGGACUAAUUUGUGGGAUGAAGGGUUGUGACGAGAAGGCGAUUCAAGGGAAGGAAUCAAAGCGGGGUUUGUGUGAAUGCGGGUUCAAGAUUUGCCGGGAUUGUUACUUGGAUUGUGUGGGAAGUGGAGGAGGGAGGUGUCCUGGCUGCAAAGAGCCUUAUAAGGAUGCCAGCGAUGACGAAGAAGAAGAAGAUGAGGACGAUGAGCCCGGGUCUGAAGCAGAGGACCAGGCCUUGCCAUUACCUUCUAUGGCCGAGUUCAAGCUUGACAAGCGGCUUUCCCUUGUGAAAUCGUUUAAGGCACAACAAAACCAUCCGCCGGAUUUCGAUCAUGCCCGGUGGCUGUUUGAGACAAAGGGGACGUACGGGUAUGGGAACGCGGUGUGGCCUAAAGAUGAGUACGGGUUCGGAUCUGGGGCUAAUGGGUUUGAACACCCUCCGGACUUUGGAGAGAGAAGCAGGAGGCCUUUGACAAGGAAAGUUGGGAUUUCUGCUGCAAUUCUCAGUCCAUACAGAUUACUUAUUCUCCUACGUCUUGUCGCCCUCGGAUUCUUUCUUACAUGGAGGAUUCGACACCCUAACCACGAUGCAAUGUGGUUGUGGGGAAUGUCCACUGUGUGUGAACUCUGGUUUGCUUUUUCAUGGCUUCUGGAUCAGCUCCCUAAGCUCUGCCCUGUAAACAGAGUCACUGACCUCUCUGUUCUUAAAGAACGAUUCGAAUCCCCGAACCUUCGCAACCCCAAAGGGCGGUCUGACCUUCCAGGAAUUGAUAUAUUUGUUUCUACAGCGGACCCUGAAAAAGAGCCCCCUCUUGUCACGGCAAACACCAUUCUUUCCAUACUUGCCGUUGAUUAUCCAGUGGAAAAGCUCGCGUGUUACUUGUCGGAUGAUGGUGGAGCUCUGCUGACAUUUGAAGCACUUGCUGAGACUGCCAGCUUUGCAAGAAUUUGGGUUCCUUUUUGUCGUAAACACGGGAUACAACCGAGGAAUCCUGAGGCGUAUUUUGGGCAGAAGCGAGAUUUUCUCAAGAACAAAGUACGACUUGAUUUCGUAAGGGAGAGGAGGCGGGUGAAGAGAGAGUAUGAUGAAUUCAAGGUGAGAAUAAACUCCUUGCCGGAGUCUAUAAGACGAAGAUCUGAUGCUUACAAUGCUCACGAAGAGCUCCGAGCAAAGAAGAAACAGAUGGAAAUGGGGGGCAAUCUUUCUGAACCCGUUAAUGUUUCUAAGGCUAUUUGGAUGUCGGAUGGUUCUCAUUGGGCUGGAACAUGGGCUUCAGCAGAGACAGAACACUCGAGAGGGGAUCAUGCUGGUGUUAUUCAGGCAAUGCUAGCUCCACCAAGUGCAGAACCGGUUUAUGGUGCUGAAGCAGAUGGGGAGAAUUUGAUUGACACAACUGAAGUUGAUAUUAGAUUGCCGAUGCUGGUUUAUGUGUCCCGUGAGAAGAGGCCGGGUUAUGAUCACAACAAGAAAGCUGGAGCCAUGAAUGCACUUGUGCGAACCAGUGCAAUCAUGUCAAAUGGCCCAUUCAUUCUUAAUCUUGACUGUGAUCACUACAUUUACAACUCCUUCGCUCUCAGGGAAGGAAUGUGCUUUAUGCUUGAUAGGGGAGGUGAUAGGAUCUGUUACGUUCAAUUCCCACAAAGGUUUGAGGGCAUUGAUCCAAAUGACCGGUAUGCAAAUCACAAUACAGUGUUCUUUGAUGUAAGCAUGAGAGCUCUGGAUGGUAUACAGGGUCCAAUGUAUGUAGGGACAGGCUGCAUUUUCAGAAGAACUGCACUUUAUGGGUUUAGUCCUCCUAGAGCCACAGAGCACCACGGGUGGUUUGGUAGAAGGAAAAUUAAGUUGUUUUUAAGGAAGGCCAAGGUGGCAAAGAAGGAAGAGGAUGAGAUAGCUUUGCCCAUCAAUGAGGAUUACAAUGAUGGUGAUGAAGAUGCAGAUAUUGAGUCCUUGCUUCUUCCGAAAAGGUUUGGUAACUCUAAUUCUCUGGCUGCAUCUAUCCCAGUAGCAGAAUACCAGGGAAGGUUGCUUCAAGAUUUACAAGGAAAAGGCAAGCAAGGCAGGCCAGCCGGUUCUCUUGCCGUGCCUCGUGAACCUUUAGAUGCUGCAACUGUGGCAGAGGCGAUAAGUGUAAUUUCUUGCUUCUAUGAGGACAAAACUGAGUGGGGAAAAAGGGUAGGAUGGAUAUAUGGUUCUGUAACAGAAGAUGUGGUAACUGGUUAUAGAAUGCACAAUAGAGGGUGGAGAUCAGUGUACUGUGUCACCAAACGGGAUGCAUUUAGAGGGACAGCUCCUAUUAAUCUGACAGACAGGCUACACCAAGUGCUUCGAUGGGCAACAGGGUCUGUUGAGAUUUUCUUCUCAAGAAACAAUGCAUUAUUCGCGAGUCCGCGAAUGAAGUUCUUGCAGAGGGUUGCAUAUUUCAAUGUGGGAAUGUACCCUUUCACAUCCUUGUUUCUCAUAGUCUAUUGCUUUUUGCCUGCAGUUUCUCUAUUUUCUGGGCAGUUCAUAGUCCAAUCCCUCAGUGUGACCUUUCUAGUGUUCUUGUUGGCCAUCACCCUCACUUUGUGCAUGCUUGCAAUUCUUGAAAUCAAAUGGUCAGGUAUCACUCUCCAUGAUUGGUGGCGAAAUGAACAGUUUUGGUUGAUCGGCGGAACAAGUGCCCAUCCUGCUGCCGUGCUACAAGGAUUGUUGAAGGUUAUAGCAGGAGUUGACAUCUCAUUCACAUUGACCUCUAAGGCCAACACUCCUGAAGAGGGAGAUGACGAAUUUGCAGAUCUAUAUGAGGUUAAGUGGAGCUUCUUAAUGAUCCCUCCAAUCACAAUCAUAAUGGUGAACAUGAUUGCAAUUGCUGUUGGAGCAGCCAGGACAAUGUACAGCCCGUUCCCUCAGUGGAGCAAGCUCCUUGGAGGGGUGUUCUUCAGCUUCUGGGUGUUGUGCCAUCUCUAUCCAUUUGCAAAGGGGUUGAUGGGAAGGAGGGGAAGGGUUCCGACCAUUGUCUUUGUCUGGUCUGGAUUGCUCUCCAUCAUUAUUUCUUUGCUUUGGGUGUAUAUUAGCCCUCCCUCUGCCACACAGGAUUACAUGAAGUUCGAUUUUCCUUGAAUGUCCCUUGGCAGCUGUAAAUUCAGUUACAGCCAACAGAAAUGAAGUUCCUCAGCUUCAUGUUGUAGUUACUAGUUUUGUUGUUUUCACAUUGAAUUGUAUUGGCUUGCACUCUGAAUUAUUGUUAUUAUUAUUUUUUGUUUACUACUCCUUUGUAGUUUUGAA